AUGUCGCUAAGUCUUGUCGGGAUUUCCCCUACAAAAGACCGAAGAUUGUAUCCUUUACAUCGGCAAUGCAGCAGGACCUGGCACAGUGAGGUUUCUUCAAAUGUAGAGGCUCAUACCUCUGACUCCGCCGGAGUCUUCAUCUUCCUUGACUAUGUACUGAACUGGAGAGAUGUUCACCUUGUGAAUAGUGCAUUUGAUCCUACGUCUUUUCUUUUCCGGCUUGCGAGAGGACACGACUUUGGGAUCUUUGGCCAUCAAGAAAUAACAAAUACAUCUGUGCUGGCACCUACAGAAAGACGAAAGGCAUUGCAAAACUCAGAAAGGCAGCAAGACGAGGUUGUUGGGUCCGAGAGCAACAGGGCGCCGCUGUAUAGGACAGCAAUAAAAGCUUCCAUGGUCAAUCCAGGCCAAGUAUCGAUCAGGAAUUUGAGGGCCCGAAAUGGUUUAAGAGGCAAGAAUAUUGCCAGUACGAGACCGCGAUAUACAUCUAUCCAAGGACAGACAAGAGAAUGGGAUGAGAUAAAGUCGCAAGGGGUCAUCAUCUCGGGCUUAUUUCGUGAGCGUCACAGUGUUCAAAUAACACCUGAUGACUCGGCGUUGGUAUUGACCCUGAGGGAGACUAUAGAAGAUUUGAAGAAAAAGGAAGCCCGCAUGAGCCGCCAGAUUGAAAAGCUCGGCACUAAGCUUAUAGACCGCAGAGGGCAAGCCUACAAGAUCUUCCCAAAUUCAGUAAAGUCCACAUUUAGCCUGGAUCAAAGGAGUUCAAAACACACGGCAUCAACAAAUUCCCUAUCACCGUCAGACAGAUUCUCAUAUCAGUCCAGCCCUUCGUCAUCAACCUCAGUGCGUUCAGAUAACAGAAGGAGUGAGGGUUACAAGUCCGAAUCAGAACAAAAACAUAAAUCCUAUCAAGGUGCCAAGGAGCGUCUACCACAAGAUGAAGCACAGGUGAACCAGGUGCUGAGGAAGCAGCUACAAGCCGAACGAGAACUUAUAUUAGCACUGGAAGAAGCAGUGACUGACUUACAGGCUAAUGUUAAAGAGCUGCUAUCGGAGUGUGACCACUGGAAACAACAAUCAACCCAGCUACAAAUAAGGGUCGAUGAGUACAAGGACACUAUUGCAUCACACGAAGCCAAUAACAGAAGGUUUAACGCCAUUAAUGACUGUCAGAGAACGCUUUCGCAACGCAUGCAGUUCUUCAACAAAGGGCAUAAGAAAAAGAGGGGUUUUAAUUGUCUAUAG